GACCUACCUCGCGUUUAAUCCACUAUGAGCAUUCCGGGUAUGACAACGCCCAUGGGCCUCGGUGGUGCUGGCAACCAGACAGCAGGAAUGAAUGAUCAGGAACAGGCCAUGGUGAAGAUGAUGCAAGCUGGUAUGGAGUCGUGUCCAGUAAAGACAGUCAUCUCCGGUACGAUGGGUUUCGGUCUCGGUGGUGCCUUCGGCCUGUUCAUGGCCAGUAUGUCCUACGACUCUCCCCUCACCCCUCAGGGCCGCGAAAUUUCCAACCUCCCCUGGCGCGAGCAAGUCCGUCGUGGCUUUAAGGAUAUGGGUUCCCGCUCCUGGUCGUCCGCUAAGAACUUCGGUAUUGUCGGCGCGUUGUACUCCGGUACCGAGUGCUGCAUUGAAGGUCUCCGCGCCAAAAACGACCUGACCAACAGUGUCGCCUCUGGUUGUAUUACCGGUGGUAUCCUCGGUGCCAAGGCUGGUCCGCAGGCGGCUGCCUUUGGUUGCGCUGGCUUCGCAGCAUUCAGUGCCGCUAUCGAUGCUUAUAUGAGGAUGCCUGAGUCAGAGUAAGCUCGAGGCUUUUGAGCGUGCUUCGUGGUAACCUGCUUCACUGCAUACCGCCGUUAGAUUCGCUUUUUCGACGCCUCGACUCCGUUGCCUUUCUUCGAUCUGUAUAUUUUCUGCGGCGCUUCGCGACAUUUGGGAUAGAACGGGAGCAUAGAAGGCGUUUGGGUUGUGUUAUUUUGCAACGUCUUCCUGUUCUGUAUGAUGAUUUCAGGAGGGCUUUUCCGUGGAGGGGUUCUUAUUCCUUUGGAGCUGCACCGG